CAUUAUAAUACAUCAUUUAUUAUGUAUUAAAAAUAUGUCAUAUUAAUUAUCGUCGAAAGUUACUUAACAUCAACGACGAUCGACGAUGGCGAGCCGACGAAUCCAACCCCCCGCUCUCACAAAGACGCAGGCACUGCGUCAAGCGAGGAGUGCGGCGGUAGUGAAGGAAUAUGAGAGAAAACAGAGACAGGAAGCGGAGAGGCGAGCACAGCCGGUAGCAGCAGAGCCUAGCAGAAGGCGGCGAUAUGUUCCACCCGAACCAAGAAAGGUCGAGUUUACCAGGCCAGCUAUGACGAAAACAAUGCUGGCCCGGGUGAAGCACGCGGAGAAGUUCAAGCAGGAAUACGAACGUAAACGGGAAGAGGCCAUGCCACGAAGGGUACCAAGAAGGACACCUGCGCCGAUCGGCGGUGAUCCUAGAUUUGGUAGAGAGAGAGUACGCCCGAGACGUGCUCCGUCUCCGCCGAUAUCACCUCCUAGGCCAACGAGAAGGCCGGAAAGAAGAGCACCGGAGAGGAGAGUGCCGGAACCACCGGGUAUUCCACAAAGAACUAAAGCAUUGGCACGGUCUAUGAACGCCCAAGUGAUUCAAGCUGAGCCGAUCGGCGAAGGUCCGAUUGAUAGCAUCGUGAUACCACCGAGAUCGGUGGACGAGACUCGUACUACUAUCGUCAGUAUUCCUCAACCGCCUGCGGUUGGGAUACCAUCCGAAGUGGCGAACCGUUCGAUUCGGGUAAUCAGCGAGACUCUCGAUGAGCAAGAUAAUGCAGAAGCAGUUACGGUACAGGGGAAGUUGGAAGAUUUGCAGCAAGCGAGACGAGACUUCGUGAUAGCCGUGGCGAACGUCGGCGGUAAUGCUGUACAACUCAUGGAAGAAGAAAGACCUAGAUACAGAGUCCCCCCCGACAUCGAGAGCGAGAUGUUCCGCAUCGAGUACGGCCUGGAACAUCCAAGUGUCGUGGCAGCUCGCGAAUUCGUUCAAAGAAGCAUGGCCGGUAUCAGAGCACGGGAGGCAGCUCGUCAAGCCGAACGGGAAUUUGAGAGAAUAGCUGAAGAGCCACUACUGGAGGAGGAGCUGCGCUUUGACGUGCCGUUCGAAGAGGAGUUCUUACGCGAGGGCGAAAUUUCCUGGGAGGAGAGAGAGGACAUACCGAUUCCGUCUAGGAUAAAAACUACUAUGCGCGACAUACCGCGGCGCGUGGCGCCCUACGAAUAUCCUCCUUUCGAACCAGAAGAACUCGAGAGGUUCUUCGACAUAGAACAAUAUCCACCCAGUCCGCUUCGUGGACCGCCACCCGGUCGCGAGCAUCUGCCACCGGAACUCUGGGAACUGGAGGAUCCUUGGGCGUGGUAUCGUCCAGAGCCAGACGUGGCUGAUCUCAUCCGCUUCGAGAGUCCUUAGCUUUGCGUUUAUUGUCUACAGGAGGUAGU